AUCUGGUACAUAUGACAAAUGGCUCAUCCUAUCAUCAUUUGCUGAGAAUAACGACAUCAGAGUGGCGGGAUGGAGAGUACUGUUGCUAACAAGUACAACGAAAUCUAAAUCAGUUUGCAGGUCACCGUGGUGUGUUACUUGGAACACAAUAAACACGUCACAUGACGCUGUUGAAGAUGGGAACCGUGCUUAUCUCUAUGCCAUAUCUCAUGGGGCAAGUCUCAUAUGUCUCAUCCAUCACUUGAACAUACAUGUGUUGGAAAUGUUGAAAAGAAUUACAGAUAAUCUUCCCCAAUCUGGCUUAGUUCUUAUGACAAACAAAACGUUCUUUGAACCCAACAUGACACCAAUCACAACUGGGAACAAAUCAAGAAAUCUCUUGGAAGAAAAGUCAUCAUCUAAUGAAUUUUACAUUGAAGAACAUUUAAACCCUUUGAUUCUGUCAGUAUUCUAUCCCCAAAUGCUUAAAAGACAUACAGGCUCACUACAAGAACAUGACACAUAUUCUAAAUCCAUUAGCCAACGUCCCCCAAUAUUUCUUCCAUGUAAAACAUUCACCUCCUUAAGUUCAGAUUUGAUGAUGUUCCAGUACAAUGCCUUCUGGGCUCUUCCUUUGAUGAGUGUCAUCAGAGGGGAUAUUAUAGUGCAACGUGUCUUAUGGGAUGUUAGGGGCAGGACUGGUAUUUAUCCUCUUUCUGUGGAACUAGAGUCGGAUACAUUGAACACCACUUCUUCAAAACCUUUGAUUGACGUUUUGCAGUUUUGGCAAUGUAAAGGGGAUCUCGAUGUGUUACAAUGUAUGAGUGACUUAGUAAAACUCCUGAAAGAAAAUAAACUCCUUACUUUACGAGACAUACAUUUAGUGGAUGGAUGGAUCUCUGAUUUAAGGUCUAUCCAUUAUCAACUUCCAAAACGGACUGCUCAAAAGAGAAUUAUUCAUUUGAAGAAAAAUCUUACAGCUGGAAUUAUUUCUUUGCCGACAAUCUCCACAUCUAUGAGCAAAGAGACAAAGGACAUUCUUGGCACUGUAUGUCCAAAAACUGCCAUGGCAUUCCCUAAUAUGACUAUAAAUGAUAUAGUACUUAUAAUAUCCUUUAAUGAGCCAUCAUUGUAUGCAAAUAUUCCAAUAUUAGAAGCCAUAUACCGCCCUUAUUUUCAUAGCAUCAUUUUCUGUGGACCAAAGAUCAAUACGUUCACAUCCUCUGUUCAUAAAACAAGCACAGGGUAUUUCAUAUACAUGGAACUCUUGAAGAGAGGUUGGUACUACAUGUAUGAAUGCACCGUUGAGGCCAUGAAGCUCAAUGUCGAUGUGAAAGGAUUCUUACAGAUUGGAGAUGACACUCUGAUUAACCCUUGGAACAUCUACACGCUACCACGUGAUAAGAUCUGGCUGCAUACGGGAAUCAGGCGUGAAAACGUCUCUGACAAAGAGAUUAAUCCCAUGUGGAAUUGGUGGAGAGGGGAUUAA